AAAAGACAGUAUGUCUGCACUUGAAGAUGACCGCGUUUAUAUGGACAUUGAUGACGAAUGGGCAUUACAAGACAUCACCUUACAAAUUGCUCAAUUUAGAAAGGAUAUUGCGCUGGAAACGCAAUAUGAGAGUUCCGUAACGACGCUGUCACCGUUUGCGUCGCAUAAGUUCACAAGCUCUCCGUAUUCGUCUGUAGUUGUUGUGGAUACUAAUUUCCUAAUUUCACACCUUGCAUUUCUCAAAAUGCUCGUCUUAGAGCACGCUAAAAAAUCAAACUUAAUUGUCAUUAUACCCUGGAUUGUCUUAGAAGAACUUGAUGGUUUAAAAAGCAGAUCGAAUAAAUCAUAUGCCAAUUCUUCUAAAUUAAAUCAACUUGAUGUGUCAAAUUUGGCUCAAAGGGCAAUUUCAUUUUUACACAACUGUAUGGCCGAAAAACAUGACGGAAUACGCGGUCAAAAAAUACAUGAAAAAAUUGAAAAGCCCAAGAAAGCUUGUGGAUCGGAUGGAUUAUUAGAAAAAAUUUUGUCUACUGUCAAUUCAUCACCAGAUACAGUACUGUAUAAACAAAGUAGUUCAGUGAUACAAUGGCCAAAUGUGAAUGAAUUAGAAACUAAUGUACGAGAAAAUCACAAUGGACCUAACGUAGUUUACAAUAUAAAAGAAGAGCCUGAAUGCUUUGAUACCGAUACAAUUAUGAUGGACUGUGAUGAUGUAAUACAAAAGACGACAUCAUUUUCUCAGAAUGUAAUACCAGAAUCUUCCGAAGUAAUAACGAGUUUGCAGACUCCACAACCAUCUUAUUCUAGAUCAUAUUCACAUGAAAAUCAAUGCAAUCUAUCAUAUUUGUCACUGUAUGAUUCCAUUCAUGCUCCAGACAAUCGAGGUAAAAAAUUGGAAGUAAAUAAUCAGAAGAAUAAGGAUGCAGUAACGAAAAAAAUAAUACCAUCUACGGUUCAUUCAAAUCCUCGGAUUUCAGAAUCAUAUACGACAACGCAUGGAUGUAUACCUCCUAAUGUCAUUCAAAACUCUCCAUUAUCGCCAUCAUAUUCUAUACAAGCAUCUUAUUCUCCUUUUUCUACACAAGAUGAACUUAAGCACAAUUCUUCUCUAUAUGCAUCUAUUCACGCACCGGAGAAUUUGGAUGUAUUUACCAAUCAUAAAACAUCAAGUACAAGUCAUACUAAUAACAAAAUGAGUCGGGAAGCAGAUGUAAUAUCAAUGAUGCUAUUUACAACACCAUCAGUUUCUAAGAAAUUGUUGACCAAAACUAUCGAAACUUCUCAUAAACGCCUUGUGAAUAAAAUCAUGGUAAAUCUCAGCAAUGCUCUUCCACCUGCUAUAUUAUUUCAUUUUCAAGAAUGUUUUGGGAAAGAUUGGAAUUAUAUCAUACAAGAACCACAGCCUUGGUGCUUGAGUACGAUGAUAAAAUUCAUAGAUCGCUAUUGGAUGACAGUUUUUUCUGAUGUAUUUCAUCAAUCUCGCAAGAUAAAAGAAGUUGUCAUAUCUAAUGUACUAGAUUUCCUGCGUAUUUACCAACGUUCAGAUGUUGCUGAUCUUACCAUACAAGAAGUUAUGCAUUUCAUACAAAAUUCAGAAUUAAUAUUAAAGAUGAUUUAUGAUGACAUUGAGGAAACGAUCGAUUCAGCCGGUGAACGAGAGCAGAUUGUUAAGAAUUGGUGGUGUGAAUUUGAGCAUUCUCUCCGAUCUACAUA